UCUACCACCCCCAGACGUACAAUUUCAUGCGUGUUCUUAAGCAGUUGAUGUCCCAGGCACACAUCUCUUCUCUCCCCAUUCUGCCUCAUAACUGUCUCGUCGCGCGUGCUCCACUCUCAUUCUAGUCUCUCUCUUCACUUCUUCUGUCCGAGCCGGCUCUCGUAGCGCCUUUCGAUCCUUUUAAUCAACCACACGAUAUACAUAGCUAGCCCAAGCGGUUACGUUCCUUCUAAAAUUCACGACAUCACGAAGACAUAGCCAUAAUGAGGUUCAUCAACACACUCCCCAUCGUCGCCGGACUGGCAGCGGCCCAGAUGCAGGUCAUGAGUCUUGCGCCGGCAGCUGCAGCCGGGCCAGCCACACACACCGUCGUUGUCGGCGGAUUGACACCUGUCGAGACUGGUAUGGCACCUGUCCUCGGCUACAAGCCAGAAUCCAUCAUCGCCAACGUGGGCGACGUCGUUGAAUUCCAGUUCUUCCAGAAGAACCACACAGCCACGCAAUCCACCUUCGCCGAGCCCUGCAAGGCCAUGGAAGGCGGCAAAGACUCCGGGUUCAUGCCAAACCCCGAGGGGAAGGCAGGUGUGACUUGGAACAUGACCGUCGAAACUACUGAAGCGAUAUGGAUGUACUGCAAACAGGCUCAAGGCGAACACUGCGGCAAGGGUAUGGUCUUUAGCAUCAACGCCAAAUUUGAAGGCGAGAAGACAAUGGCGCAGUUCAAACAGCUCGCUAUCAACACGAACGGUACUACACUCAAGGACUCGGCUAUCCAAGCUGUUGAUCCUGCCGCUGCCGCCGCUCCUUCGACCGUUACAGUUCAAGCUGGUGGCGAAGCUGGUGCAGUCGCUACGGCAUCUGGCAGUGGUGCGCUCGCGACUGCGACUGUUGUCGCGGGUCAAGGAACCGACGGUGCGGGUCAGACUUGCACAUGUAGCUGCUUGUGUGGCAUGAACUCCUUCCCCGCGAGCGCAGCGAUCAACAACUUCGGUGGCUUCGCUGGCAUGAUUGGAUAAUCAGCGGGUUACAACGAGUUCUACAUCGGGGCUGUUAAAGUUUGGCGGAAGGUGUGUAAUUUGUGAUGGGGACGAGGGGUGAAGACUUCUACCUUGGCUUUGGCGCGUUCAGACUGGCUUCUGCGAUGCCAUGUCGAGUAUUUAUACCAACUUCUGAUGAAUGAGGGCGUUAGCAUUAUACCGUAAUCCGCAUUUGACAAUGUGGGAUAUUUGUUAGGAAUUAGUGUCGAAUCCAAGAGAUUGACUCCACGUUCUUGAACUGCAUUUGU